CAUAAUACAUCUAACGGAUUCAUUUAUUUAUUCACAUCGCUCUAUUUAUAGUGAACACAUGGAACCCCUCUUCCACUCCCUCUGUUCCUGGAGAUUUUUGAGUCCUCUCCAUCUCUCUCAAUCUCUCUGUGUGCAUAUAUAUAUAUAUAUAUAUAGACACAAAUUGCUGACCCUGUAAGAAUGGCGCCUGAUAUGAGCUCUCUGGUUGGGACGAUGAAGGAGGAUGAGAAGGUGAAGGAAUCGAGGGUUUUGGUCACGCGAGACCUGCUGGGUGGGUGUGGUUGUGCUCUUGAAUCCAAGGAAUUGGACCUCGACUUGCAAGUCCCAGUUGGCUGGGAAAAGCGUCUAGACUUGAAGUCUGGAAAAGUAUAUCUUCAGAAAUGCAACUCCACAAGUACAUCUUCUUCAUCAUCAGACCAUAAGCGCUUAACCGAUGAAACAGUUCCAAAGCUUCAAGAUCUAAAUUUUCCUCCAUCACUAAAACGACCAUUAAACCUCUUUGACAACAGCGGUUUAGACCUAAAGCUCGUUCCAUCGUUGACAUCUUCAUCUACCUACGGAAGUGUAUGCACUCUGGACAAAGUAAAAUCAGCGCUCGAGAGAGCAGAGAAUGAAACUAUCAAGAAAAGAUCAUUAUCAAUGUCAAAAUCAUCAUCGUUGUCUUCAAAUUCUUCAUCGUCAUCAAUCAGAGAAAUCGAAAUGGAUCACGAGGAGAAAUCAUCCUCAUCGUUUGCAGCAGGCUGCCCCAGUUGCCUUCUUUAUGUGCUGAUAUCCAAAAGCAACCCUAAAUGCCCUCGAUGCAAUGUGAUUGUUCCCUCUCCAGUUGCUAUGAAGAAACCUCGGAUUGAUCUUAACAUAUCCAUAUAAGAUGUUGAGGAGAUUUAUUUAUGGCUAAAUUACGUGAUUUUUUAUUUUUGUGAAUAAUAGAAGAUAGUUUGUAAGUGAAAGAAUGGAAUAUAUAUUUUAAAGGAAGCUGGUGUCCUCCAACCCAAGCUUUCAUGCCUUUUUCUUCUC